UUUGAUUGCUAAAAAACCGAAGCAUGUCGGUCAGUUAGUGAGUUCAGGCAGAUCGGUGUGCGUUUAGGCCUUUCUUUCCACCUCACCCUGCUGAACUGAAGUCAGUCUUCCCAUUACAGUACCUGCCAAACCUCCUGCACUUCGUCCAGCUCCGCGCCGAACACACCUGGUUAGCUCUGGUGGCGUCGUGAACCUGCGGCCUCCUCACAUCCACCACUCGGAAAUCACUUCAUUGACAUUUCCGUUGAUUUCUUCCUAUUAUCAGUUUAGCGCCUGACGCUGGUUCUCUCAUUCACCUGCGCCAGCUCGGCCAUCUGCAUUAGCAACACCACUUCGAUUUCCCCAGAAUUAGGCACACCAGCAGGAGCAGCAUGUGUUGAGCUAAACUACUGUUAGCUUUACUCAUCAUCCGCGUCGCGAGCCCUAACUGCUCAAUCGGACGACUAAGCAUAGCACUACACAGGCAGCACAGUAGCCAUGGCUGGUGGAGCCGCUCCUACGGCUUAUGGCCGUUUGAUGAACAAACUCCGCAGUCCCGUCCAAAUCAUGUCGACAUUCGUCCUCGGCCUCCUACUGCCAUUCGCAUUCUACGUCUUCUGCGACAGCGCGAUCGGCAUCGACAUCUCGCCCAUCUGCUACCUAUGCGUCGUCUUCAUGCUCGUGCUAACAGCGCUCGUCGUGUGGAUCGAGUGUUUUCUCGCGGUGUUCAAUCGAGAGCAUGUACCGGAAGAGCCGGGAUCACCAUACCCACCCGCUUCAGCAAUCAUCGCGGCGUAUCUGCCCAACGAGGCGGACACCAUCUUGGAAACGAUCGAGGCUUUCCUCAAUAUUGAGUACCCCGCGCCGCUUCAGGUCAUCCUCGCGUACAACACGCCGCGCGACAUGCCUGAGAUGGAGAGCAUUCUCGCGGAGAUGGGCAGGCAACGCCCCGACCGCUUCCUCCCGUACCGCGUUAUUCACUCCCGCUCCAAGGCCGAGAACGUGAACGCCGCCGUGAAGCUGAUUCGCGGCGAGUUCGUGGGUGUGUUCGACGCGGACCACUGCCCGUCAUACGACUCGUUCAUGCGCGCCUGGAAGUGGCUCAGCAACGGGUACGACAUCGUGCAAGGGCACUGCCUAGUGCGAAACGGCGACGACAACUGGGUGGCACGCGCCGUCGCAGUGGAGUUCGAGACGAUCUACUCCAUCGGACAUCCCGGGUCCGAAUCCGUCCACAACUUUGGCUUCUUCGGCGGCUCCAACGGGUUCUGGCGGUCGGGUCUGCUCGCGCAGAUCGGCAUGGACGCGUCCAUGCUAACAGAGGAUAUCGACUCGUCAAUCCGCGUGCUGCUCGCCGGUGGGCGCAUCAAGUCGGAUCCUGGUCUAAUCUCAUCCGAGCUCGCGACGACGACGCUGAAGCAGAUUUGGAAUCAGCGCAUGAGAUGGGCGCAGGGAUGGUUUCAGGUGUCGAUGCGCCACUUCUUCGCGGGUAUGACCUGCCGAAAUCUCUCCGUGUGGCAACGGUUCGGGCUCUUCCAUCUCUUCGUGUGGCGUGAAGUCUACCCGUGGCUGUCCCUCCAAAUCCUCCCGCUCCUGUGCUUUAUCGCGUACAAGAUGAAGGGGUUCGGCUCGAUCAACUGGUUGGAUUUCGUCUACCUAGGCACGACGCUCUUCACCUUUUCCUGCGGGCCCGCCCAAAUCCUCUUCGCGUAUUUCGUCUCGGAGAAGUCGAUCAAGAAGAGAGCCAUGUGGUGGUGGUUUUACUUCUUUUUCGCAACCAUCUUCUACACGGAGUUCAAGAACGUGAUCGCGCGGGUGGCGCACAUAAAAGAAUUCAUGAAGGAGAAGGCGUGGAUGGUGACGCCUCGGACCGUCAGCCAGCAAAGACAAGCGUUCAAGGAGUUGAGAAAAGGCGGCGGGGGCAUGGAGGUGGUAGUGCGAUGAGUGCGAGCAUCGGGGGCGCGUUGUAGGUGCCGUAAGGGUUGACCCUGCCUGCCUUUCCAGUGCGCCGCGACGCCUUCACUUCUAUAUUCUUGUCCCUGGCUUGUCUAAGGGUCAUUAGUCCGGGGCUACGUAUCCCACGGAGACGCUCUCGCAAGAGGCAGUCUGCCGGAACACAAGCAGUCAUUCGCCUCAUCGCCACAAGAACGUCGACAUCAGCUCUGGAUGCCCAAGUUGCUACUAAUGGGGUGGCUUCAGCCUUCCGCACCUGCAUAAAAAAAAUACGAUCAGAUUCUACCGUCUUGCUUAUCCACUCCCUUGUGGCGUAAGAUGGUUGUGCAUUAGUUGUUUCCGUAUUGUGCUUUAGUACGAAGAAUUUAAUUCAUUCCUAGUUUACAUCCAAAUUAUCUAUGG